AUGAACACCCUCUUUACCAUCGCCUUAUGUUUGACCUUCGCCGCUACCACCCUUGCUUUUAAUCCAAUGAUGGGCGGUAUGGGUAUGAUGGGUGGUAUGGGUAUGAUGGGAGGUAUGGGUAUGAUGGACCCCUACAUGAUGGGCAUGGGAGGACUUGGUAUGAUGGGAGGUAUGGGAGGACUUGGUAUGAUGGGAGGUAUGGGAGGUAUGGGUAUGAUGGGUGGUAUGUACAACCCAAUGAUGAUGGGUUAUGGUGGACUCGGUAUGCUCGGUGGAAUGGGCGGAUACGGUAUGAUGGGCGGUAUGCUCGGUGGAAUGGGCGGGUACGAGGCUGGUCGUUCAGGACUUCGAGCAUUAGUAAACAAGACAAUGAAAAAACCUCGUAGGAUAGGGAUCCAAAAUGAUAAUAGGAUAUAUCACUGUAUAAAUACAGUCAGUAUUGAAGGUAAAAAUAUCACAAAUCUUCUGUUCUUCAAACUAUCAACAUCACAACCAGCCGACACUAAAUUCAAGAUGAACACCCUCUUUACCAUCGCCUUAUGUUUGACCUUCGCCGCUACCACCCUUGCUUUUAAUCCAAUGAUGGGCGGUAUGGGUAUGAUGGGUGGUAUGGGUAUGAUGGGAGGUAUGGGUAUGAUGGACCCCUACAUGAUGGGUAUGGGAGGACUUGGUAUGAUGGGAGGUAUGGGAGGACUUGGUAUGAUGGGAGGUAUGGGAGGUAUGGGUAUGAUGGGUGGUAUGUACAACCCAAUGAUGAUGGGUUAUGGUGGACUCGGUAUGCUCGGUGGAAUGGGCGGAUACGGUAUGAUGGGCGGUAUGCUCGGUGGAAUGGGCGGAUACGGUAUGAUGGGCAAAUAA